GAAUUAAUUAGAGAUAAAUUAGUAUUAUUAAUGACUAAUUUAAAACCUUCUAAAAUGGUUGGUAUUGAAUCUGAAGGAAUGUUAUUAGCUGCUACUAAUGAGCAAGACCAAGUUGAAUUAAUUUCAUUUGAUAAUAUUAAUGAUUUACAACCAGGUGAUAGAAUUGUAAUUGAUGGUUUUGAUAUCAUUCCUGUUGAUAAACAAAUUAAAUCUGACAAGUUGGCUAAAAAGAUUUUACCUUUCAUUAUGACAAAUGAAAAUGGUAUUGUUACUUGGAAAGGUACAAAUCAAUGGAAAGUUUUAGGAAAGGAACACGUACAUCCUAUUUCUAAUUUUAAGAAAGUACCAGUUAAAUAA